AUGGGAGGGUCAUUAUCACGCCUUUGGUCCCUGGUUUGGAGCAAGAAGGAAAUUCGCAUUCUCAUCCUCGGACUUGAUAACGCCGGAAAGACCACUCUUCUCUACAGACUUAAGAUCGGUGAAGUGGUCACUACAAUCCCUACCAUCGGAUUCAACGUCGAGUCGGUGACAUAUAAGAAUCUAAAUCUCAAUGUCUGGGAUCUCGGUGGCCAAACAUCUAUCCGUCCGUACUGGCGGUGUUACUACGCUAACACUGCAGCCGUCAUCUUCGUCAUUGACUCUACAGAUAUUGAGCGACUGGGUACUGCCGCAGAUGAACUAGCAGCCAUGUUGAACGAAGAUGAGCUCCGCGAUUCUGCUCUCCUAGUGUUUGCCAACAAGCAGGAUCAGCCUGGAGCCAAGGGAGCAGGCGAGAUUUCCGAGGCAUUGAAACUGGGCGAGCUUCGUGACCGAAACUGGAGUAUUGUUGCUUGUUCUGCCAUCGACGGCAAGGGUAUUGAUGAAGGAAUGGACUGGUUGGUGCAAACCAUCCAGACUGAAACCGCAUGA